GCGCCGUAGCGCGGUCAGGAAGCAGGGAAAGAACGGCCUGGCGCGGAGGCCACCGAUCGGAGCGUCCACAUCCCAUAGGAGGGCGAGCGGUUAGCGAGACCGGAGACCGGAAAACAUGGCUCUUGAGUCGCUGCAGUCUCUCCUCUCCAGAGCUCUUCAGAUGGCCGGCAGAAUAGAAGCGAAUUGAACCGAAUGCUCGUCCACAGCUCACAACAAAGACAUGGAGCUUUGAAGGUGAAAGGAGCGUGGUGUCGGCCAUGGGUCAGCAAGACACAGCCGGACAAUGUGGACCAAUUUCUUCAAACUACGAGUCUUCUGCUAUCUGUUUGUGGUGCUCAUGGUGGUGGUGUUGGUCCUCAAUGUCACUCAGGUGGAGUACUUGGACCAUGAGACGAUAUCAGAGACAUUCAUCGACAGCAGCGGGCAGUAUAUUUCCUCGCAGGCGACAGGCUUCAGUCGGAAUGCGUACUGUGGCUAUGAGCACCAGACGCUGUCCAGUCAGGAACGCUUAGAGGAGGACGCCUUGCUUGCUGCCUCAAAGUGGAAGGUGCCGGAUGUGGAUCUGGUCCCGUUUGUGAAGAGCACCGACCCCUCCUCCAGCUACUUUGUCAUCUUGAAUUCUGCAGCCUUCUUCAGGGUGGGGAGCCAGCUGGAGGUGCUGGUUCAUGUGCAAGAUUUUCGAGGGAAGCCCAAGAAGUAUGGAGGAGACUACCUGCAGGCCAGAAUACACUCGCCUGAGCUGCAGGCGGGGGCCGUGGGCCGAGUGGUAGACUACCAGAAUGGAUUUUACAAGGUGUUUUUUACUUUGCUCUGGCCAGGCAGGGUUAGAGUGUCCAUAUCUCUGGUUCACCCCAGUGAAGGGAUCAGAGUUCUUCAGCGCCUGCAGGAAGAGAAACCAGACAGGGUCUAUUUCAAGAGUCUCUUCCGAUCGGGAAGGAUCUCUGAAACAAUGAAGUGCAAUGUGUGUCUUCCGGGAAGCCUUCCCCUGUGCAACUUUACAGACCGUUACACCGGAGAGCCCUGGUUCUGCUUCAAACCAAAGAAACUCCCCUGCAGCAGCAGAAUCAACCACUUCAAGGGCGGAUACACGAAGGGCCUUCUCACUGCUGCCGAAAGUGCUUUCUUUCAGAGUGGUGUGAAUAUCAAGAUGCCAAUCAACUCCAGCGGACCUGACUGGGUGACUGUGAUCUCCAGGAGAAUAAAGGAAACUGAUGACCCAGAAGUAUCUCAAGACUCAGGAACUUUUCCUUCUGGAUAUUUCUACAAAAACCAGUGGAGGCCCAGGAGGUUUAAGAUGCGCCAUUUCAAUGAUCCUGACAACAUUACAGAGUGCUUGCAAAGAAAAAUGGUGUAUUUGUUCGGUGACUCAACAGCCAGGCAGUGGUUCGAGUACCUCACCACGUUUGUUCCAGAUUUAGUGGAGUUUAAUUUGGGUAGUCCCAAGAACGUUGGUCCCUUCCUUGCAGUGGAUCAGAAACACGACAUCUUGCUCAAAUACCGCUGUCAUGGUCCACCCAUCCGCUUCACGAGCGUCUUCAGUAACGACCUCCAUUAUGUGGCGAAUGAACUGAACAGGAUCGUGGGAGGGAAGAACACAGUGGUGGCCAUAGCUGUAUGGUCUCACUUUAGUACAUUCCCCUUGGAAGUCUAUAUCCGGAGGCUCAGGAACAUCAGACGGGCAGUGGUCCAACUCCUGGAUCGAAGUCCUAAGACUGUGAUUGUUGUCCGGACAGGCAAUGCCCAAGAGCUGGGGCCUGAGGUGAGCCUUUACAACAGCGACUGGUACAACUUUCAACUGGACACUGUCCUUCGCAGGAUGUUUUCAGGGGUUGGAGUCUACCUUGUCGAUGCCUGGGAGAUGACCUUGGCUCAUCAUCUGCCCCACAAGCUGCAUCCAGAGGAAGUGAUUGUGAAGAACCAGCUGGACAUGUUCUUAUCUUACGUAUGCCCCUCGGAGACAUAGCUACCCUCAAGUGCGCCAGAGCAAUCGCGUCCAGUGACCUUUCCACUUGACCUGCAGCAUCGACGAUUUGUGAUCGAGUCCCUUGUGAGAAGGAAACUGUCAACUUGUCUGACAUUUUAAAGCUGUACUUUGCAUAGUGACUUGUGAUGAACGUAGGCAGUGUACGCUGCAUUUGUAUCUACCUACCUGUAGGAUUCUUCCGUCUCGACUUCGACAUUGUAGAGCUCUAACCUACCGCAUCUACACACUGUAUCGCCCUUGUAACCAAAGAUGCUAAGGAGUGGGUAAGAACUAGCUUCUCCUGGGAUGGAGAUGACUCUGCUGAUGCCUAUGAGAGUGUUUUGAUGUAAACAGGAGGGGUCGAUUUCGUUGGCUUUGUUUGCCACUUACCCAGUAAAGGACAUUGAACACGUACGUCUUCAUGAGAGGCACCAAGUUCCCUCACGAAAAGAGAGGGAUUAUUGCUAGAGGUUCCCGUGGCCACAAUGAAGACCGCCGUAUCUCAGGAGUUUCUAUUGACUUAUUUAUUUUUUUCUCAAUUACUUGUAAAGGCCGAUGUGUGUGGUCAGAGUUUUGUAUGAGGAUAUUAACAAUUUCCUGCUUUUAUCUGGAAAGAAGCAAAAUGAAAGGGCGUACAAUCUCCACUUUGGAUUGGUGUUGGCACUGGAGAAAUAUUUCUUACUUGAUUCAGCUGAAUUUUAUGUGAUAAAUUCUUAUACUAGAAUUGCCACUUUUGGAAACAAAUAUGUACAUAGAAGUUUAUUUUUAUGUUCUGAAGCUUGUGGGUUUUGAGAACUGACUUUUAUGUAAAGAAUGCUGCUGACUCUCAUAAAAUUGUAGGGUUUCUCCCCUCAGCAAUUCCAAAUGAUUCUCUUUGCUUUUGGCUGUCAUGAAAUAAAUGCUGAAAUCAGACAUGAAACCAGAUCAGAAGUUAAUAAAAUUAGAUAUUAAAAUCU